UGUUCAUGUUUUAGCUGCGAUAUUGAUCUGACUUUCUUUGCUGUCUUAUCUAAAUAUCAGUUGCUUGGUAAUUAAAUGAAUAUUUAAAGUUGUCACUAUGGACAAUACUUUUAGACAAAAUGUACAGUUAUAAAAAAAAUACAAAACCAUCAUAUUUUACAGUAAUUUGAUAACUUCAAAGAUCGUGUACUUUUCAGCAAAGUUCUUUCUCAAUACUAUCCAAAUUCAUUUAGUAGUAGGUCAAAAAGCUAGUUUAAGCCCCUGUUCACUGUUUAUUGUCCUCUGAUUUCCUCCUGUAACACUUGUUCCACAUUGAAGUAUUUUAGCUAUUUAGCAUGCGUCUGCUAAAGUAGGUCUACUGUAUGUGAUAAGUGUUUUCUACACAUUUUCUACUUCCUGUUUAUUCAACUUAAUAGACAUUGACACAAGGUCUAUAUCAUUAAAUAACAGUAAGUAUUCAUGCUGGCCUCAUUUACCAAUCCUCUUCCUCUCAUAUUUGGGAGUGUUUCCUUGUUUCAUAAGCUCCGCCUCAAGCCUGAUAUGCACACCCUUACUGAACACUCACACACGCACACACACUAAUAUUUAUUCAUCCACAUGGGCUCAAUCGUAGCUCGAGCUGGGAAGAUAGUUUGGCAUGGAGACAUUGUAGGUCUAGUUUUGUUUCCGCUGAAAGGGACCAACACACAUUUUUUGCAAGCGCAAAAUGGAAAAAUAGAACACAGCCGCAAGCUUCAGAACUGCAGCUUCCCCCUUAAGGUACUCACUGUUUAUCUUAUUUUCUCUCCCUUAAGCAGCUCUUUUGAUACUUAUUACUUUAUGUUUUUCACUGUAUAGGCAGUGACAACAAAAUGAGCAAAUCUAGUCCUGUAAAUCAAAUGACAAGGACCUAUGCUCAGCCAUUUAGGAUUGAAGGGGUGCCUCAACUGCUGUAGUACUUGUUUUAGCUGCUGAAUGUAGGCCAAAGGUUACAGACUGAAUGCUCCGUGCCACAAUGAGAGCAGGGAUGUCUUCCUGUUUUGUGUUACACCACAGGCACAUGUUUAUAUUUAAACAUAAAAUUAAAUGUUUUUUUUUACAGACAUUAACAUGCUAUAAAAAAGUCUAAAUAUUUGUGUUUGGAAUACAAUUUAUUCAUAAAUGAUUCAUGAUUGCAUAUAAUCAUUCUGUAAGAUUUAUCAGGCUUCAAUUGUUUUCAAACAUCCCACAAUGAGAUGUAUGGACAGCAGAAAUGUACUUACCAAAUAAGAUUUGUGCGUGAUUGCGAGUGUCACUGAGAAUAUCUAUGAGCAUGAGAUGAUGUUUAAACUGGAGCCCCAGGACUUGAGUACAGUCCACCCAGCCCCAAGCCCCCAGACACGAGGCCAGUGGUCCAGCAAGUUAGAGUUCCUCCUGGCCGUAGCAGGACAAAUCAUAGGCCUGGGUAAUGUGUGGAGAUUUCCAUACCUGUGCUACAAAAACGGAGGGGGGGUGUUCUUCAUUCCUUAUACACUCUUCCUCUUCACUUGUGGCAUUCCACUGUUUCUCCUUGAGACAUCCUUGGGCCAGUACACCACACAGGGGAGCAUCACAUGUUGGCGGAAAAUAUGCCCUCUCUUUGAAGGCCUAGGAUAUGGAAGCCAAGUGGUUGUUCUCUAUUCCAGCAUUUAUUACAUCAUCAUACUGGCCUGGGCAUUCUUCUACCUGUUUUCUUGUUUUGAGCCUGAACUCCCAUGGGCUAGUUGUAAAAACAGCUGGAACACAGGGAAUUGCGUUGAGUUUGACCGAAGUAUUGGCCAUCUAAAUUGGACCAAAGAAGAGAAUGCAACAUCGCCAGUUAGGGAGUUCUGGGAAAGAAGAGUUUUGAAUCUCACAAGCAGCAUUCAUGAGCUUGGCAGCAUACGGUGGGAGCUGGCACUUUGUCUUCUGUUGUCCUGGAUCAUCUGUUACUUCUGUGUCUGGAAGGGAGUGAAGUCAACAGGAAAGGUGGUUUACAUCACUGCCACCUUCCCCUAUGUGAUGCUGGGGGUGUUGCUAGUCCGCGGACUCACACUGCCAGGGGCCAUAGAUGGUAUCAAGUUCUACCUGUAUCCUGACCCGGCCCGUCUUGCUGACCCUCAGGUGUGGAUGGAUGCUGGAACACAAAUAUUUUAUUCUUAUGCUAUUUGCAUUGGGUGCCUUACUGCUCUUGGCAGCUACAAUAAGUACAACAACAACUGUUACAAGGAUUGUGUGUACCUGUGCCUUCUUAACAGCGGAACCAGCUUUGUUGCUGGCUUUGCUAUCUUCUCUGUGCUGGGAUUCAUGGCGUACGAGCAGGGAAGUGACAUAUCAACAGUGGCUGAGUCAGGUCCUGGCCUUGCAUUUAUUGCCUAUCCUCGUGCAGUGGCCAUGAUGCCAGUACCUCAGCUUUGGGCCAUUCUUUUUUUCCUUAUGAUCAUCUUACUUGGGUUAGACAGUCAGUUUGUAGGUCUGGAGGCUCUGAUUACGGCUAUCUCAGACAUGCAUCCUUCCUUCUUUCAUGUUGGGCAUCGGCGUAAACUCCUACUCCUUGGUAUUAGUGCAGGGUGCUUCUUCGCUGGCCUGGUGAUGGUCACAGAGGGUGGCCUUUACGUCUUCCAGGUGUUUGAUUACUAUGCUUGCAGUGGGAUGACUCUGCUUCUUUUCGCCAUACUGCAGUCUCUGUGUGUUGGUUGGAUUUACGGCUCAGAACAUUUCUAUGAUAACAUUGAGGACAUGAUUGGGUAUCGACCUUUCCCCUUGAUUAAGCACUUGCUGAAGUAUGUAACUCCAAUUGUAUGCAUGGCAACGUUUGUCUUCUCCUUGGUCAAGUACACUCCUCUCAAGUUCAACAACAAAACUGAAUAUCCAUGGUGGGGUUAUGCCCUUGGCUGGUGGUUCACUCUCUCCUCAACCCUCUUGGUUCCUCUCUGGAUGAUCUACGUUAUAAGUGUCACUCCUGGAACACUGAGACAGAGAAUCUCAAUCCUCUGCGCUCCAUCAAUGGAUCUUCCCUUGACAAAGUCACAAAAGAAAGUCUUUCUAGAUGAAUCUGACCACCUUAAGUCUAGUCCUUUAUGUGGAGACACAGGUCUAUAAGCAUUCAUACAUAUAAAAGAGCUGGUACUGUAAUCACUUAGCACACAAAACUAAGCAGCCAGAACAUAGAGUCUGCAUGCCACUAUAUUUGAGCUGACGUUGAAGUGAAGGACAUGUCUCCUGACUGUGUUGGGGUAUUGUUAGAUUCAUCUAAGGUAGCGUUUCCCCUGAAACAAACUUGCUCAAUACUGUACUACCGACAUUGGAUAUAUACUUAAUUUUAUUGUGACUAGUAAGAGUAAAUAUUACUGUACUUAUCGCUCUUCUGAGUGGAAGGUUGAAAAGGUUUUAGUGAAGUUGCAAGGUCACAUAUGCCAAACUCUGACAGGUUGUGCUUUAACCAGUUCCCAAUAUUUUUUAACACAGGGACAUAGGAGAGGGUGUCAGACAUUGUGUGAUCAUUGUGUGAACUGUUUUCACAGUUCUCUGAGUCUGUUAAUUCAUCAGCCAGCUUAAAAUCUUCUUUAACUGUAAGAUGAUAUUACAAUACAAAUUGUAUUGUUUCACAUGUACAGUAUAUUAUGUUUUUAUAUGAAGUAUGGCAUUGAGAGGUUUCCUUUGUACAGAAAACAAUUAUGGGCAACAAUUGUAAAUGUAAAGUGUGGUAUAAUAAUGUACAGUAUAAUUUUUUUAUGUUGAUGUAAGAAAUAAAAAUUCAUUUUUCUGUAAUCAUA